CAAUGCCUCCGGGGGCUCCCGCCAGGCGCUUGCUCCCGAGUCAUAUGAAACUCUCCAGAUCCUUCCCAAGCUUGUGUAAUACGCCGAGUGACAGCGAAAGGUUACAGUCAUGCCACAGGCUUGCGCGGACAGGUCCGCGCACGCGCUCUAGCCCUCGGCGGGGUCACUCCCCGUGGGGCCCAUUGGCACGAGGGGUUGGCGCGCAACGUAUAAGUUUGGCAAGCUGCCAAAACGAGGCGGGGAAAGCAUAUACCGUGCUCACCGCGUUUGCAAUCCGACACAAUGGGAGGUACAAUGAAGGCCGUUCGUUUCCAUGCUGCCAAAGACAUCCGUGUAGAUGAAGUGCCCAUCCCCGAACUCAAGCCGGGUUGGGUCCGAUUGAAGCCUGCGUUUGUCGGUAUUUGCGGCAGUGAUCUUCACGAGUACGAAGAUGGGCCGCAUAUCAUCCCCCCGAAGGGAAGCCCGCAUGUGAUGACCGGCGAAGCUGCUCCCAUCACCAUUGGCCAUGAGUUUUCCGGAGUGAUUGACCAGGUUGGUGAAGGGGUGACGGGCAUCGAAGUGGGCGACAAGGUUGCUGUGCAGCCGACGAUUUACGAUGGCGGAUGCCGUGCGUGCAAACGCGGUCUGACCAACUCAUGUGAUUCGUUUGGCUUCAUCGGCUUGUCCGGCUGGGGCGGUGGCAUGGGGGAAUACACGACUGCUCCUGCCGAGUACAUCAAGAAGCUGCCGAAAGACAUGGACCUUAAGAUUGGCGCGUUGAUCGAGCCUCUCGCGGUCGCAUGGCAUGCUGUUGCCAAUUCGCCCUUGAAAGCCGGCGACGCCGUCUUGGUGCUCGGUGGCGGCCCCAUUGGUCUGGCCGUUGUUCUAUCGUUGGUGGCGAAAGGCUGCAAGAACAUUACCGUGGCUGAAAUCUCCGGAAGACGACGACAGUUCGCCAAGGAUUUCGGCGCGCAUCACGUCGUCAACCCAAUCGAGGAAGACGUAGUGCAAAAGACGAAGGACCUGACGGGUGGCGAAGGCGUCGAUCUCUGCUUUGACGCGGCCGGCGUGCAAAAGGCCGUUGAUUUCGGACUGGAAAGCGUCAAGGCUCGCGGGACAUUUGUCAACAUUGCCCUCUGGGGAGCGCAGAGGGUGGCGCUGAACAUGACGCACAUGCUGUUCGGGGAGCGCAAGUACGUCGCGACGGUCACGUAUGUCGAUGGCGACUUCGAGGCGGUCAUCGAGGCGGUGCACCGAGGCGAUCUCAAGGCGGACGGCAUGAUUACCAAGGUCAUCCGACCCGAUGAGGUGGCCGAGGAGGGCUUCAAGGCGCUGGUGGAGGACAAGGAGAACCAGGUGAAGAUUCUGGUGGACAUGUCCAAGGCCAAGGAGGUCUCGACGACGAAGUAGGAGUUCGUUGUCGCUCUUGAUAGGUGGUUGUAUGUGAAAUUGGCCGCGCCGUUGGCCUCUCCCUUCAUUGUUCCCAGGUGGAUGGUGAACAAGAUUUCAUGCGAGACGGCAGUGAGAUACCUUAUGUACCUUAUGUUACCUCGGGCAACAUGGGAGACAUUGAUGGCAUGCGGUGAGGGAGGGAUGAGUUGAGCUUCACCCCCGGUCCGUGCG